CCGUAAAUGUUCCCAAAAUGGCGGCCAAGUUGCGCGUGCGCAUUGGUGCUAAAACCCAGAAAACAUCCCCACAUAGCGACAAGAUCAAUAUUCAUGGCGGCUAUGACUUCCCAGUGCAGCAACAAUAUCCGUGUACGUUUACACUUUGACUAUCCGCCGCCAGCAGUCGUAGAUUGCCGCAUGUGUUGGCUGCUUGUGGACUUAAACACAUGUCGCAUGGUGUCCGACCUGGAGAGCAUCGUCAGGCAGAAAUUUGAGUUCAGUCGUCGAAGUAUCAUCAGCCUUUUCAUCGAAGACUGUUACCUACCGCACACGGAAAAUAUUUAUGUUGUACGUGAUAACGACAGCAUCAGAGUGAAGGUGGACUGUUGGUCCAUACCAAACGGACACCCAAAAGGACCCGGUGUCAACGGCAAGAAGAGACAAAGAGCCAAGGAGACGAAUGGCGAAGAGGGAAAUGGCACCUGUGUGCAAUGGCCAGAAACAAAAAGGAAGGAAACAGUCAAGGGGAGUGAGGAUGCGGGCGCUGAGCAGACAUCGAGUGUCCACAACAAAAAGAAACCAAGGAUGAAAAAGAAAAAACAGAAGGCAGAAGAAAUAGAUCUGACAGUGUCUUGUCCUCCCAGGAAAAAGUGCAAAGAGCAUCCAGUUCUAGACUCUGACAUCAGCCGUCACUUGCAGGACACUUCACAUCUUGCCCGUCAUGGCAGUACGAAGAAGGACAGUACGAAGAAGGACAGUACGGAGGACAGUACGAUGAAAAACAGUAAGAAGAAAAACAGUAAGAAGAACAGUAAGAAGAAGGACAAUACAAGUCCCAAAACAAAAGUCUCCAAAGUACUUUCUAGCACUCAGCCUGCCAAGAAUCGUAUUUCAUUAUCAUCAUCAUCAUCAUCAUCAUCAUCAUCAGAUACAGACGUCCCCACUGUCAAUGUCCAGCCUGAAAAGAAUGAUCUUGGGGCUAACAAAUGUUGUGUUGCUGAUGAAUCUGAAGGUACCUUGUCAAAGGACACACCUUCACCUGCCACAAAGCAAUCAGGUGACCAAAUCAGCCAGCAGCUGACUUCCUGUGACCCAAACCACGUGGAGAAGAUGGACCCCCCCGUAGGUAAUGGAGCUGCAAAUCCACCCCCAGACUACAGCACCAUGCCUCUUCUGGCUGCUCCUCCACAAGCCGGACAGAAGAUUGCCUUCAAACUGCUGGAGCUGACUGAGAAUUACACACCAGAGGUGUCGGGCUACAAGGAGGGGAGGAUGGUGAGUUACGACCCAGUCACCAGACAGAUCCAGCUGGAACUUCUUUCUGCCACUCAAGAACCUUCAGAGCCCGGUAAAUUUGACUUGGUGUAUCAGAACCCAGAUGGGUCGGAACUUGUGGAGUAUGCCGUGCGCAGAGAAUCAUGGGUAAAAGAGCGAUGGGAAUCCCUGCUGGAACCAAGACUUAUUAUUUAAGUGUGUACACUUUUCUGUUCCAUAUUUGACCAUUUUCAGCAGGUUUUACUGAAAUCACUUUCAUAUUUAAAUAGUCAAAAUCUAGUAGAGAAAAGUCAAUUCAAAGUGAACAAUUUUUACUAAUUGAUUGUGCAUGAUCAUUGUUUUAUUUCAAAUUUAUCGUUCUUUGAAAUGUACUUUAUGUUUGAGAUGACAUUUUACUGUACUUCUGUGUUUUACAGAUAUUGUUUUUACUCCUAGGUGUUCCAUCAUGGUUUAUUUUUGUAAUAAAACCCGGAAGUCUUUUUUA